AUGUUGGAUCUAAAUGUUGACGCCGUUUUUCUGGUCGAACCCGACGAGGCCCACCGCGGCGGCAAGACGGAGGCCACCGCGGAUUCAGUGGCGUCCACCACCACAUCCACCACCAACAUUGCUUUCCCCACCACCGCCGGGGCGGAAGAGGUCGGCGAUUGCAGCAGCGCCGCCCGCCUGUCCACCUUCAAUUUCCCGAUCCUUGACAAGGGGGUGAUCGAGAUUGAGGACGACGAAGUUGGCGAUGAGGUCACCGAUAGCAGGAACGAAGGGCUGCAACUCUUCCCGGUCGGGGCACCCUCGCCGUCUCCGUCGUUUCUGAGGGCCGGGUACUGGCUGAAUCUCUCGGCGCCCAAGGUCGGGGAUGGCGGCGGGGUGGAUUUUGGGGCUUACAGGACGAGUAAUCUGGUGCAGCAGCAGCCCCAGCCGCAGGUGAAGAAGAGCAGGCGUGGGCCCCGCUCUCGGAGCUCUCAGUAUCGAGGGGUCACCUUCUACCGGAGGACUGGGAGAUGGGAGGAUUGUGGCAAACAGGUCUAUUUAGGAGGGUUUGACACAGCUCAUACUGCAGCUAGAGCAUAUGAUCGUGCUGCAAUCAAGUUUCGUGGGGUUGAUGCUGAUAUCAAUUUCACUCUCAGUGAUUAUGAAGAGGAUAUGAAACAGAUGAAGAACCUGACAAAACAAGAGUUUGUUCACAUUCUUCGCCGUCAAAGCACAGGUUUCCCUCGAGGAAGCUCAAAGUACAGAGAUGUUACACUGCAUAAAUGUGGUCGAUUGGAGGCAAGAAUGGGUCAAUUCUUUGGGAAGAAGCCUUAUAACCAAGCUGCAUUCAAAUGUAAUGGAAGAGAAACUGUGACGAACGUCGAGCCUGGUAACUAUGAGAGGAAAAUUGCCCGCCACAAAGAUGGUGGUUGUGGCAGCAAUCUUGAUCUCAACCUUGGGAUGUCUUUAUCUUCAGAUGGGCCACAUGGUAAUAGCAUAACAAGGGGUUUGCAGUUCUCUCAUGCCUCAAAUGAAUUGCCUAAUGGCAAGAGAGUAAAGGUCGAAAAUGCUUCAGCUUCACCCGAAGAGUUUGGAAAGUCAACCAAUUGUGCUCCAAUGGGGGCUGCUGGCCUAUAUUCUGGGUCUGCCCCAAAUGCUAAGGAAAGAGCAACCAGAGGUGAAGACAUUCGUUUUUUGCCUGGAUUCACAAACUGGAUCACAACCAGAGGUGAAGACAUUCGUUUUUUGCCCGUAUUGUCUUCUUCUUCCUCUGCAGCAUCAUCAGGAUUCUCUCCCGCUACUCUCCUGCCUCAGUUACACAACAUUCCACAACAGCCUUCACUCAAUUUCAAUUUCGGUUAA